GGAGCAGUCGAGCCCCCGUUAGACGGCAUUGACUUACGGGGUGCGGCCGUUGGGCCGACCUGGCGCGGUCGGGCGCCAAGGUCUCUCCAUCAUAUUGCGAUUCGCUUGGUUGGCAGCACACCCAAGAGACGACGAUGGCAUCUUCUGGCAAAGGGGACAAGAGCGACAAGAGCUUCAGCAUGAGUGUGGUGGACACAGUGACGGACAAGCUGCACAAGGGCUUGGACAUUUCGCACACGGUGACGGACAAGCUGCACAAGGGCUUGGACUUGACGAAUGAGCAGCUGCACAAGCUCAAGAGCAUUUACGACUCGCAGGACGAAAAGGUGCGCGAGAUGACCAAGUCGUACUACGACUCGUUGUACAAGCACGCGUCGAACGCGCAGGAAAUGUUCAAGGAGUAUGCGUAUGGCACCAAGGACAAGGGGGUCGAAUACUACGAGAACAUGAAUGAUUCGUUGGACAAGUGGCGGAAGAGCUUGGAUGACCUCGAGUCGAAGGCGGGGGAGCACGCAGGCUCGUUCAAGGACCAGAUUUCGGACUACGUGAAGCACCAGCGCCAGCACAUUUCGGACAUGACGGAGUAUGCCAAAGAACGAAUGAAGAAGAUGUCGGGUUUGGACAAGAAGGACAAGAGUGUGACGGAGCAAGCAGGCGAAAAGGCACGUGCCGCCAAGGACAAAGUGAGCGAGAAGGCGGGAGAAGCCAAGGACAAGACGAGCGAGAUGGCCAGCGAGGCUGGCGAAAAGGCGACCGAAGCCAAGGAGAAGGCGAGCGAAUUGGCUGGAAUGGCGUCGGAGAAGGCGGCCAAGGAAAAGGGCAAAGAUGCCGGUGAAAAGGUGUCCGAGAAGGCUGGCCAAGCGAAGGACAAGGCCAGCGAAUUAGGCAGCGACUUCAAGGACAAAUUGGAGGAAGGGUGGAAGUACUCGACGGACCAACUGGACAAGCUCAAGUCGGGUGUGAAGCACGAAAGCCAGAAUGUGCAGGAAAAGGUGUCGGAGUAUUUUGAUUCUGUGAAAUCGAGCGCUUCAGAUGCGCAGGACAUGCUCAAGGAGUAUGCGGAAAGUGGCCAGGAGAAGGGCGAGGACUACUACAAGCGCGUGAAGCAGUCGAUGGAAAAGUGGCGCGGUAGCUUGGACAAGCUAGAGUCGCAGACCAAGAAUUACAGCGAAUCGUACCGCAAGGAAGUGUCGGAAUACGUCAAGUCGCAACGCGAUCACAUCGACGAGAUGGCUCACCGUGCCCAAGCGCAGGCGGAACAUGAUGCGCGCCAAGGCGGCGAGGACGAAUGAGCUCAAGAGCAAGUGCAGCCACUGCAGCUCCCCGUUGUGGUGGAAGCCGCAGUGGGCUGGCUAGUUUUUAAUUCAUGUUAAUCGAGGCUGGGCGAACUAGCAAACGUCCUCCUUCUUUUGAGGGUCCCCUGAUGGCAAGCAGAAGUUGGAAAUCAUGCUAGGAUGCUACGAAGCUUUUGACUCUUGUACAAACCAGCCAUUGGGAAAUGGAAAGACUGA